CGGCUCGCGUGCCGGGGUGGGGCCGUCCUUCCGCAGCCGCGGCCGCUGCGGGUCCCCGAGAUGCGAGCGCCGGCAGCCGCGCCACCAGAGCUCCCGGCCCGGGGCCAGAAAUGAUGAUUCCACCAGGGGAGUGCAUGUAUGCUGGAAGGAAAAGAAGGAAGCCCAUUCAGAAACAGAGGCCGGCCACGGGGGCUGAGAAGUCAAACCCGUCCAAGCGGCACCGGGACCGCCUCAACGCCGAGCUGGACCACCUGGCCAGCCUGCUUCCGCUUCCUCCUGACAUCGUGUCUAAGCUGGACAAGCUUUCCGUCCUGCGUCUCAGCGUCAGCUACCUCAGGGUGAAGAGCUUCUUUGAAGCCGUGCAGAAGUGCCCACGGCAGCCGGCGGCUGGUACCCCCUCACCAGAAGACAGCGGUCUGAACGGAGGGUCCACCGUGCUGGAGGGAAGGCUGCUGCUGGAGUCUCUCGAUGGCUUUGCCCUGGUCGUGAGUGCGGAAGGCAUGAUAUUUUACGCGUCAGCAACGAUCGUGGACUAUCUGGGCUUCCACCAGACGGACGUGAUGCACCAGAACAUCUAUGACUAUAUCCACGUGGACGACCGCCAGGACUUCUGCCGGCAGCUGCACUGGGCCAUGGACCCUCCCCAGGCGGUGUUUGGGCAGCCCCUGCACUCAGACACAGAGGACGCGGUGCUGGGGCGGCUGCUCCGGGCGCAGGAGGCGGACUUCUCGGCCUUCCUGACGCGCUGCUUCGUGUGCCGCGUGCGCUGCCUGCUGGACAGCACCUCGGGCUUCCUGACAAUGCAGUUUCAAGGAAAACUAAAAUUCCUGUUUGGACAGAAGAGGAAGACUCCAUCAGGGACAGUCCUGCCCCCUCGGCUGUCACUGUUCUGCAUCGUGGUGCCCGUCCUCCUUCCUUCCGUGGCGGAGAUGAAAAUGAAGAGUGCGUUUCUGAGAGUGAAGCACAGGGUGGACGUCUCAGGCUCAGUGGACACGAAAGCAAAAGCCGCCUCGAGUCUGUGUGACCCAGCAUCGCAUGGAAAACCCCACUGCCUGGCAGGGAGGGGCAUUGGAGAAAACAUCUCAGCGCUCAAGGCACAAGCGGAUGCAGGCUGCUGGGCCCGGGUUCCAGCCAGAGCCCCAUGUCCCUGCCUCAGGAGCAGCCCGGACCUCGUUUCUGACCCCGAGGGGGCCGCCGGGGACAGGGGAGGAGAGGAGCACGGGGGGGUGUCUGGCAGCACUCCCGGAGCCAGGGGGCGGAGGGAAAGACCUGCGUAUAGUUGCUGCUUUGAGGCGCCUGGACCCGUGAGGCACCUGAACUGGAUGACAGGGAAACAUGGUCCAGAUGGUGGCACCAACGUGAAGCUGGGACCCAGUAAGAGUGACCCAUUCUCCACACACACCGUGUCCCGUGGCUCCUGCGUGUCCUGCCCCGGUGUUCAGGGCACUGUCCAUAGCAGUGGGGUUACUGCUUUCCGGAAUUCACCCGGCUGUCACCCAGGAAGCCACUCUCCCAGUGCCUAUGCCAGCCGCACGAGCAGAGCCUUGCAGGACGGCUGCAAGGGGCCCCCUCUGCCCAGCUGCCCCUUUCCCCAGGGGAGCCUGGACAGUGGGCUCCCUCCGCCCGGAGGGCAGCGUCUCGCAGCGGGGGGCUAUUCCACCGAGGACGCCAAGUUUCGAGGGGGGCCGGUGCCCGCGGGAGCCCCGUGCAACCCCGUGCUGUCACUUGAUGUGCCCGUCAAGCUGGAGAACGACUCUGGGUCUGAGGACGCGGCGGACGGCUACCUCGUGUCCCCAGGCCAGGUGUGGCCGGGAGCCGGUGGUGUGGCCAAGAGACAGCUGGUCACUUUCCCUACCAGGAUACACCUGAAGACAGAGUCAGACUCCAGACCCCACCUGUAUGCUCCGCACCUGGGGCACAGCAUGCUGGGGGCUCACCUGAGCGGCAGGGCUCCACUCAGACCCGGCGAGGAGCCGGCGCCCUCCCGCCCCGCACACUGUGCCUGCCUGCAGCAUGUGCAUGGCCUUCCCGAGCCAGAUCCUCCCCGCCACCUCCGUGCACACGGUCACCAGCCCCCUACGCUGGGCCGUGACUGCAGAGCUCCCGGCACCACACCCGUUGUCAAGCGCGAGCCCCUGGACUCACCCCCAUGGGCAAGCCACAGCCAGGGUGGGGUGCCCGGCAUGUUCCCCAGAAGUGCCUUGCCGACACUGAUGCCCCCCAAAGCCCCCGAGUGUGCCUUCCUGCCGUAGGGCGGGUGUUUCUAAGAGCUAGCCUCUUCCGCACGCCCAGACUUACCCUCAGCUGCGAUGGCAGGUGGGGGGUCGGAGCCGUUCUGCAAAGCUGCACGAGUCCAGGCCUCCUUAGGUGUGGGCAGCGUGUGCAAUAGCAUGUUGCGUACUUUGUAAAAUGUCACGCAAGUCCUUCAAUGCCAAGUGGUGUUAAGUCUGCUCACAAUUUUCCAGAAAGGGGCCAGAGUGAGACGUGUCAGCCUGGCAGGGCACACCCCUCUCUCCAGGACGCAGUGGGCACCUGGCCAGUCACGCGGUGUGGUCUCCCGCGAUCCCCAUGCUCACCUCCCAGCUCCGCCUGCGCCGUGGAGGCGGGCCAACGCCUCCACGGAGUGGACUGAAGAGAGCAGCCACACCCUGGGUACAAAUUAGGGAUAUAAUCUUUUGAGCCACAAGUGACCAUGCCCCCAUUCACGGAAGGAAUCUGGAAGGUUCCAGGCAAAAGAGCCUGUCUGCACCAGGUCCUGCCCUCACUACUACACACAGCACGUGCUCCUCGACCUCACGGUGGAGGUUGAGGCCACACCCAGAGUGGAAAUUGACAGGAUGAUAUCCUGUUCCUUCUGGAAGUCUCUGGGAUUUUUAAUGGGCCUCUGAAGAUGGUUUAUGCUAAUCUGUCUCCAGUACAUUGUGUAAUCUCGAGUUUACAGAGUCUGGGUUUGGAAGCAGAGAGAAGGACGAAACGUAGAGAAAAGAGGUAAAAAAAAGUCAAGUUGCCCAUGGAGGCUGUGUUGCUGGCUGUAUACAGGUUUUCAAAUGGGGAUUCCAACCACCACCUCAGGAAGAAUCAUUAGAGACAAGACAGAAAUUGUUUUCUAGAACUGUACACCCACACAUCCCAACUGUAGGAUCCCCAGACACAACGUUGUGAAUCAGAAAGUGGAGUCCCAGGCACCCCACGGUCACCACCAGAGAUGGGCCCCCUCCGCGCCCCGCCGGUGCCAUCAGCGAGGGGUGUGCCAUCAGGGUAUGAAGGUCUCCACCGAGCCUGCUUGUACUGUGGUGGACACACACCUGCUCCUCAGGGACAAGGGCAUCUGUUCCUAAAGUCACCCCCAUCUGGGAGCCUCAGGAGGUGGCGGGAGCCUCCAGGCAGGGACUUGCCGCUCCGCCAUCGGUACGUUCUACCCUUCAGUGGGAGGCCUUCUUCUCCAUCACCUAGGGCUUUGGGGUAUCAAUGUUCAGCUGGGCUAAUGCUGAAGCCUUGUUAGAACUCGGGGUUUAGCUGGCAGGACCCUUAGACACACCCUGGGGCACCGGCGCGCCUGUUGCCAGCUUUGUGGAGGGUCCCCCAUGCGGGAUGCUGGGAGCUGAGGGCUUCUUCCUGGGGCUGACACGGGAGGCCACCCACUGGAGCCCAGGGUGUGGAGUGGUCAACGCGUGGCCCUCUGGGACACACAAGGCCAGCCCAGCAGCCUCUCCUCACCCACUGAGGCCUUGCAAAGGGUGACGCUGGUGCUGUGCUGUCUUCACUUCUGCUGCCAGAGUCUCCCCUGACCAUUACGAUGGUGGCACAACCACCCAGGGACACCUGGGGACCUCUGGCUGGCCCCAGACCCUCCUCACCCGGUUCUGCUGCAGGGCACAAACGCCUGUGCUCUCUGGGCGUCUGGAGACUUACUCCCUGAGACCUGGGGUGGAGUUGCAGAAUCUUCUUCCUUCUUUCCUAGUCAAACCCAGAGCCCAGGUCCUGGCCCUCUGUCAGAUGUGACUGUGCACCUGUCUGGGGUCCCCAUCUGUGAGGUCACUGACCCUCUCACUUCAUCAAUGGAGAGGUCACACCCCAGGCCCAGGCUGGCUGCCUGGGGCCAUGCCCUGCGAUGCACUAGGGCUCCCCCAUGUCAGGAUGCAGUAGACACACAUGUAGCAGGUACCUCAGAAAACACAGGACUGAAAAGGUGGAAUUCAGAGACAUCAUGGCAUGCUUGCACAUUGUAGCCAGGCCCCAGCAUAACCAAAGAGGAGCGGCAGGUGAGAGCCUCAGGCGAGACGCCGCCCUGAAGCAAGUCACGCCUGUCCCCGAGGGCCAUGGCACUCACGCCACCCCCUCCCCACAAGCGGUCAGUUCGCAGGUGGACAGGUCCUGCUUUGUUGACAGAGAGUCUGGCCCCUGGAAGUUAGCUCUGCAGGUCUUGUGUUCUGGAGAUGCCCAUCCUACACCCGGGGCCUUGAACUCAACGGGCCCAGGUCCCCUCCUGAGAUGCCCCUCAUACACCCGGGGCCCUUGAACGCUCUGGGCCCAGGUCCCCUCCUCUCCUGGGUCAACACCAGCAGAACGACCCUGAGUCAGCACUUUCGUUACUUCACAGCCACACCCUUCCUGAAACAUCAUGUGGGAAGAUGAUGGCAUGUAGGAGGUGCAGAUGUGGUCACUUCCUCUUUAAAUGUCAUUACCAGUACCAAUUACAGGGUUAGGGUUUUCUGUGUCUUGUAGCUUUUGCUUAUUAGCUGAAAACAUAUGAAAAUCAAAUGUAACAUGAGAAUGGAUGGACAGGAGGAGAUGAACACAAAUUGUAUAUUUUUAUAGUUUCUACUGGAGGAGAAAAGUUUUUAAUAUCUAGACUGACUUGCUGAAUUUUUUAAAAUGGAAAUAUUAUAAUGUAACUUUUUAUACUGUUUUCUCAGUGCCUUUAGAAACAGCUUUCAAAUAUAUUCCUGAUAGUAUGGUUUGUAUUCAAUAUGCAAUAUUGAUAUAAAAUAAAUCACGUUAGUUCAUGUU